AUGGAUUUCUUCAAUAGCUCCGGCUUGUACAAUGAGAUGGGGACGGGGAACGUCUCCUUAAACAUCACGUCCCAGUACAGCCAGCUCGCUGUCUGGGGUCUAGCUGGACUCGUCAGCUUCCUCAUUUUGUUCACAAUAGUAGGAAACGUACUGGUCGUUAUCGCCGUUUUAACGAGCCGAGCUUUGAAGCCGCCCCAGAAUCUGUUUCUGGUGUCCCUGGCCAGUGCUGACAUUUUGGUCGCCACGUUGGUCAUGCCCUUUUCUCUUGCCAACGAACUUAUGGGCUACUGGUUUUUCGGCAAAGUUUGGUGCGACAUCUACUUGGCGUUGGACGUUUUGUUCUGCACCUCCUCCAUCGUGCACCUGUGUGCCAUCAGUUUGGACAGGUACUGGUCGGUGACCCAGGCAGUAGAGUACAACUUAAAGAGAACGCCCAGGCGAGUGAAGGGGAUGAUUGUGGUGGUGUGGUUAAUCUCAGCGGUCAUCUCCUUCCCUCCGUUGAUCUCUAUGGACAGGAGCAGCAGUGAGGUUAUCCCCCAGUGCAUGCUGAACGAUGAGACCUGGUACAUCCUCUACUCCAGCAUUGGCUCAUUCUUUGCACCCUGUGUCAUCAUGAUCCUGGUCUAUAUUCGGAUCUACCAGGUAGCCAAGACCCGGACCAGAACCAUGUCGGGAAAAAAAAGGGAUGCGGAGUCACCGCAGGAGAAUGGCUUGGACCGAACUGAAGAGGGCCGAGGCGCGUCGUUAAAAUCGAAUGGAGAUUUGAGUAUUAAGGACCAGGAGCGCGGGAACGGGCACUGUCAGCAACAAACAGCUGGAUCUCCUCUACCCAAUGAACCCAGACAUCAGCCGGCAGACCACGAUGACGACUUUGAAGACAGCAGCUCCUCGGAUGAGAAACCUAAAAAAAAUUCGACUUCCUCCUCCAAACAUCACCACGAGGACAAGAAAGACGACAGGUCCAGUCGGAAGAGCAGCUCGGCCUCUAAAUACUCCAGCAGGAAGUCACGCACCAGCUCCAAAUCCAUGGAGCUCUUCUCGUCACGCCGGAAACGCCGGAGCACCGUGAGCCGGAAAAAAAUUUCUGCCGCGCGCGAAAAGCGUUUCACGUUUGUUCUCGCGGUGGUGAUGGGCGUUUUUGUUCUUUGCUGGUUUCCCUUUUUCUUCUCAUACAGUCUCUACGGGAUCUGCCGGGAGCCAUGCCAGAGCCCAAAGACGCUCUUCAAGUUCUUCUUCUGGAUUGGCUACUGUAACAGCUCUCUAAACCCAGUCAUUUACACCAUCUUUAACCAGGACUUUCGGAGAGCUUUCCAGAAGAUCCUCUGUAAGUCAUGGAAGCGAUCUUUCUGA